AUGACCAACAUGAGCUGGAGCUUCCUGACGCGGCUGCUGGAGGAGAUCCACCACCACUCCACGUUCGUGGGCAAGGUGUGGCUCACUGUGUUGGUGGUCUUCCGAAUCGUGCUCACGGCUGUAGGAGGCGAGUCCAUCUACUCGGACGAGCAGACCAAGUUCAUGUGCAACACCAGGCAGCCGGGCUGCGACAAUGUCUGCUACGACGCCUUCGCACCCCUGUCUCACGUACGCUUCUGGGUCUUCCAGAUAGUGGUCAUCUCCACGCCCUCCGUCAUGUACCUUGGUUACGCCGUGCACCGUCUAGCCCGUGCCACGAAAUAUGAGCACCGCCGUACCUCGUACCACAAACGGGGGUCCCGAGCGCCACUACCGCUGCCUCUGCCAUCCCACCCCAGCUGGCCCGAGCCCAUCGACCUGGGAGAGGAGGAGCCCAUGCUGGGCCUGGGUGAGGAAGCUGAGGAGCCAGGCACAGCAGAAGGCCUAGGAGAGGAGGAUGAGGUGGAGGGUUCUAGCGCGGCUAAGGGCGCCUGCCGAGAUGCCAAGGCGGUGGGGUCCCCGGGCCCCAACGGGCCUCAUGAUGGGCGGCGGCGCAUCCAGAGCGAGGGCCUGAUGCGUGUGUACGUGGCCCAGCUGGUGGCGAGGGCUGCCUUCGAGGUGGCCUUCCUGGUAGGUCAGUACCUUCUGUACGGCUUCGAGGUGCCGCCUUUCUUCCCAUGCAGCCGUCAGCCCUGCCCGCACGUCGUCGACUGCUUCGUGUCGCGGCCCACCGAGAAGACGGUCUUCUUGCUGGUCAUGUAUGUGGUCAGUUGCCUCUGCCUGCUGCUCAACCUCUGCGAGAUGGCACAUCUGGGCCUGGGCAGUGCGCAGGACGCCGUGCGCGCCCGUCGUCCGGCGCCCACCUCUCUCCUUCCCGCGCAGCGCCCACAGCCCUGCCCCAUACCCACCACGUCCGCAGGCCUUGCCUGCCCACCUGACUACAGCCUGGUGGUACGCGCAGUAGAGCGUGCACGCGCCCACGACCAGGACCUCCCCAACCCGGCGCUUCGAGCCCUGCGGAAUGGGCGCACACUACUAGGGGACAGUGGCCGCCCGCCCUGCCCCGGUCUCCCCACAACAACACCGGGGCCCCUGAGAGCUGGUGCUUCCGCCUCCGGGUCAGGCAGUGCCACAUCGAGGGGCACGGGCGGGGACCAGGGCCGGCUGGGCGCCAAACCCAGGGCGGGCUCCGAGAAAGGCAGUGCCAGCAGCAAGGAGGGGAAGACCACCGUGUGGAUCUGA